GAGUCUGUGGCAGGCAGUGUUUACAGCGGCAGCGGGAGGUAACUAGCCCCAUAAAACACCCACGAAGUAAGGGUCUUGAUCACGUACAGCACGUCAUUUUUCUGCAUCGCUCUGUUCGGCGACUACUAAGGCGAUCCCGUGGAGGCAUUUAUCGAGUUGCUUGGACAGGACGAGGGCCAUGAAGUGGUCCGAGCUGGUGGAGAAUGCGCUGACUCGCAAGACUGCUGCCAACUUCCUGCAAUGGGCUGGCAGGUCAGCUGGGGUCAUGGCCUUCCUCAUGGCUGUGCUAGCCUAUGACCUGCAGCGUGGUGGUGUGAGUGGCUGGGGGCCGGGGUGGUGGUGGGGGUGCUGGGGGGCCUGCGCCACACUGGGGGUCCUGCUGGUGCGCCUCCUGCUCUCCGCCCUGCUCCUCUACCUCACGCUGCCGCCCAUUGCAGUCUCUGAUGAACAGCGGAAGCUUCUCGCCAUCAACCAGACAGACUUUGGCUUCAAGAACAAGGAGCCCGAACAGUCUUGCUCAACCCCCGUGGCGGAGCAGAAGGUGCCGCUGUCCUCCCUCUUCGCCGCCACAGUCCGCACCCCGUCCCCAGCGCCCCCCCUCUCCCCCAUCAACCUCUCCACCGCCUCCUGGACCAGCCUGUCGCCUCAGUCCCCGGCUCUGUCCUCACUGCAAAGCCCGGCAUCGCACUCCAGCAGCCUUGGGCUCAGCAGCAGCAUCCUGAGCAGUGGCAGCGGCGCCGGGUCAAUGACGGCCGACUCCUGGUCCUUCCACCACAACCAGUCCUCCCUCUUUGACCUGUCCUACCCCAACAUAAUGCAGCAGAAGCAACAGCAUCAGGCCAGUCAGCUGUACCUCUCCACCUCCCUCUCAGACUCCAUCUCCCUGCCCAUGUCCCCCGCCAGCCCCGCCACCCCCACCUCCCCUGCCGCCGGGCCCCUCAUCACUGACCAGGCCUCCCUGCAAGACUACCUCCAGCACCACCGCGAGAAGGAGAAGCUGCGACAGAUCAUGUAUCAGUGCGACAGUGGGGGCACCUCGCUCUGGGGGUACGGAGGGUCCCCACGCUCCCCUCUCUCGGACCACGGCUCAGCCCUGCGGAAGACUGUCUACCAGCCAGCCACCAAGGACACAGGUCAGGAAACAAACUCAGCGGACAGCAAGAAUGAUGACUCCAAGGCCUCAGCGUCCUCCAGCAGCAGCGUCAGCAAGAUCUGGCGCAAGAGGAACGUCACGCCAGAGCAGCUAUUCAAGUUUACGGAAAACCUUCGCAUAUGGAUGUCGGCAACGCUGCUGGUGCCGCUGGUCCAGAAUAUAGACUCCACGAACAAGGUGCUGCGUGGCGUUGCUCCAGAGAUACAGAUCGGAGAGGUCGGUGUUGACAAGCUGAAGAAGACUGCACAAAACAUCUCUGGACUCAAGCAGCUUGCCGAUGUGGUGCCCUUCCUGGAGGUGACGGUGCACCAGGACUACCUGCUGCACCGCCUGAGGGAGCUGGCCGCCGGGGGUGCCAUCUCCGCCUACCGCUGGAACGCCGGCAGCACCACCUUCAACGGGCGGCCCUGGAAGGAGGAGUACCCCACCGACACCGCUAUCCUGCUGCACCUGUUUGCCAUGUACCUGGACCAGCAGCUGCCCCCGGACAUCACGCAGCCCGAGGGACGCAUGUUCUCCAGCACGCACCUCAUCAAGGCUCCAGAGAAGGCCCCGCGUGCCACCAACAGGCCCUUGCUAUACCUCAGCCAGGUUACGCCGCCCCACGUGAAGGUCGUGCUCCCGCCGGAUGAGGAGUGUGAGGUGGGCCCCGGGCGGAACAACCUCAGCCACGCCCUGCUGCUCUUCAUCCACCACGUCAUCCACUGUCAACACUCUCGCAUCUCCAGCAUCAACCUCACCAUGUCGGGCGUCAACCUCUCAUGGGUCAUCACCUCAGACAAGACCAUCCCUGCCAGCUUACUCUAGUGAUGACCUGACCUUCAUCUUUCCCUUUUCUCUGGGUCAUCACCUCAGACAAGACCAUCCCUGCCAGCCUACUCUAGUGAUGACCUGACCUUCAUCUUUCCCUUCUCUCUGGGUCAUCACCUCAGACAAGACCAUCCCUGCCAGCCUACUCUAGUGAUGACCUUGACUGAUGACCUGACCUUCAUCUUUCCUUACACCACUCACCUUCCUCCUUCCCUUGCUCUCCAGUCAUCACCUCCAACAAGACCAUCCCUGCCUGGCUUGACUGAUGACCUGACCUCCACUAGUGAUGACUGAUGACCACUGCCUUUCAUCCUCCUUCCCUUGCUCUCAGUCAUCACCUCCGACAAGACCAUCCCUGCCUGGCCUGACUGAUGACCUGACCUCCACUAGUGAUGACUGAUGACGACUUUAAUCCUUCCCUUUCUGCACUGGGUUAUCACAAACAGCGCAGGACUCAGCCAUUGACCUAAGGAAGCACUCUUGCAGUAAGACACAUAUUAUUUCAUGUGUUAACUUAUAUUUCUUUCUUGGCAUUUUAGUUGUGUAGUCUUUUUUUAUGACCUAUUCUGUACUUUUAGGUUUUUAUACAUGUUUUAUAAGGUGGUUAAUGUGCUGGCCAAGGAAUAGAGUCAGUAAGACCUCUCAAAAGUGUCUUGGCAUGUAGAGGUGUAACUUAGAAAUUGUUUUUCUCAAUUCUUUUUUCUUUGUGUGUGUGUGUGUGUGUGUGUGUGUGUGUGUGUGUGUAACUUAGGAAUUCUGAUUUCUAAUAUGUUUCUAAUAAUUUUUUAGCAUCACAAACUGAAUGAGAGAAGCAGCUGUGGACUUGUUUUGACCUCAUCCGUACUUAAAGUGUUCUUAUAGGUUAGUUGAGUGGCCCCAGUCCUGUGGUCAUAGUUACAGAUGGGUAGUUGCAUUAAUAGGUAGCUAUAGUUAGGUAAUAGAUAUGUCACCACUGAGUGUGUGACAAUGUUCUAGCCCAUGUGAUGUGAUAAUGUCCUUCCCUCUAUACUUUCCCUGAGUGUGAAGGACGUGAACCGGGCCGGGAUGAACACAAAGAGUAUUUUGCACCCACAUUACAAGCUGACCCUUCCUUGGCCACUCCCUUGACACCAGUUUUAACAUUAUCAGUCAGGCAGACGAUGCCAUUCCCACCGAGCUGUCCAUAAAACACUGUUGCAGGCUAUUAAUUACACCCACACAUUAAUUUCCUGGUAGUGAUAGUGUUCUUCAAACUGCUCAAGAAAAGAUAGUUGGAAGGGAUUGAUGUGGCUGUGGAUCUCUGCAUUUAGUUUUUUUUUUUUUUUUUUUUUUUUUUUUUACAGCUAAGGAGACAGCUCAAGGGCGCAAAGAAAAAAAAAGAAAAAAGGCCCGCUACUCACUGCUUCCGAACAGAGGUUAAAGGAGUGUCCAAAAUCAAACCUCAUCUUCAUCAUUUUCCCUGGACAGCACAAAAUCAUGGAGGGUGUCAGGUGUGGAGAGGUGCCAUGUUCAGCAGCAACCACUCGUGUUUAAGUCCGUGGUAUUAUCGGUAUUUAUUACGUCCUGUCGGCCCAAGUCUUUAUCCAGCGACUGAGACCUUCUUCUGUGGCCGUCGUUUUCUGUAAUGCCAAGUGCGAGUCUUAGGUCAAUAUUAUAAGACACUUUCUCUUCUCACAGCACCCAUUUCUAAAGGUCAAAGAAGGGGUCAGUCUGGUUCUAAUGAGUGUUUCUUCAGGUUCAUGAUGUCGAAGAAGGGUCAUACUACCACCAGGGUCAUAAAACUACCCCUGGAAAUGCCCACAAUUCUUAGGAAAACCUUGUCAAAUUUGUGCUCUUGGGCGGUGAAAUGUUUUUUAAUACAACCCUUUGGACGAACUUGUUUCUGGGAUUAGUUUGUUCCUAGGACUGACCUGUUCCUAGGCUCUGUGUGUUGCUGGGAUCAAAUUUUUCCCAGGGUCAACUUAUUCCUGGAUUUAAAGUUAAGAAGUGCCAAGUUGGGAGGCUGCAUUUGUUCCAUAUUAUAGUCCAACCAUUUCAAAUAGUCCGUUUAGGCGUUCAAUUCCACGGGUCCUUUCCUCUCCCCUGCUCUGCCACACAGUCCCAACACCCAUUUUUCCCUCUCAUAUGUUAGCUAUAGGUAACAUAUGAGAGGAAGGGAUAGGUGUUUAGACUGUGUGGUAGAGUAGAGGGGAGGAAAGGACCCACGUAAUCGAAUGCCCAAAUGGACUGUUUUAAAUGGUUUGACUAUAGCAUUUGUGCUGUAAGUUUAACAUAUUUAUCUUUGAUUAAGACUUCAGAAAUGUUAAGUUUUGAGUCUCCACUUGCCCAUGGGAUUACAUGGAUAUUCCCAGGCUUAGGAAAUAGGUUAAGAAAUGCUACAUUUUGACACUGUAUUAAAUUUUGUUCCCUGGUUAAGACUUCAGAAAUGUUAAGUUUUGAGACUCCACUUGUUCCUGGGUUAACAUAUUCUUAGGUUUUGAAAAAAUAAGUUAAGAAAUGCUAUGUUUUGAGCCUUCAUUAGAUUCUGUUCCCUGGUUCAGACUUAAGAAAUGCCAAGUCUUGAGUCUGCAUUUGUUCCCAGGUUCAGAUUUAAGAAAUGCUAAGUUUUAAGUUCAUGUUGCUGGCCAUUAAGUGUCCUGUCGUUCCCAGCCUAAGAUGUGAAUGCAAGUGCUGUGAUUUCUUAUGGAUGACCUGUCUUGAGUGAGUUUCUGAGGCAUAAAAAAUGUUUGUAAGA